ACACACACACACACACUUGGUAAGAAGCAAGACUAAUGGGAGUGUGUUUUCAUAAGGAACUUAAAGAAGUCUGGAUUUUUCACUUUGUGUAAUGUGUGGACGUCUUUCUCUGGAGGAGAUAAAUUCUCAGGAUCAUGCUUGCAGGUUUCAGUGAAAGUUGGCCGGGACUCUUACUGGCCUGUCUGGUGGUUUUACUUUCCAUUUUGUUCUGGAGAAGGAGACCAAAGACUACGGACUUUCAGAUCAUUAAAGAUGCAUACAAGACAACAACACCCAUCACGGAGAAUCAGCUCCAUCCAGGUCAUUCGAGCGUGGCUCCCAGUUUGGACCAAACAGAUCCAAACCCAGUCCCAGUCUUUCCAGCUGAUUCCCCGCAUGGUUGCUCUGUAGCUGUGAGUGCUAGUAAAGGAAGCACAGUAAAUUCUCCCGUGAUCAAUAGCAACAACUUUUAUGGGGCAUCAGUCUUCAACUUCAACACCACUUCAUCUGCUGGAUAUGAAUCCAGAGGAGCAGAACCAUCAGAGCAACAAUCAGAUGAAUCAAUCUUGAAGAAAUUCUUGACGAGUCACAAAGCCAAUAUGAAGAAGAAAACUGAGUGUAUUUUUGAGGGGAAGAAAGACGCCAAAAAUAAAACAAAGCUGAAGAGUGUUUACACACAGCUUUUCAUCACAGAAGGGGAACUUAACGAAGUUAACAAUGAACACGAGACUCUGAAGGUUCUGAAGGACAAAGCAUUUAGGGGGCAGCAAUCUUUGGAAAAGCCAAUCAACUGCAAUGAGAUUUUUAGUAGAGUGGGGAACAAUGAGGACCCCAAUAAAACAGUGUUGACUAAAGGCAUUGCUGGAAUUGGGAAAACUGUGUCUGUUCAGAAGUUCCUCCUUGACUGGGCGGAGGAGGAGGCCAACAAGGAUAUCGACUGCAUGUUCCUGCUUCCAUUCCGAGAGCUGAACUUGCUUAAAGAAGAGGUUGAACAGUGCAGCUUCCAUAAAUUAUUGGUAGAAUUCCAUCCAGGGCUGGGAGAACUGAAGGAAACCAAAAUGCUUGAAGACCUUCAGCUCGCAUUCAUUUUCGAUGGGCUUGACGAGAGUCAACUUUCGCUGUUCAAGGUUGACAGCAUGGUAAAGACCUUAAAAAAGGAAGCAUCCGUGGAUUCACUGAUUGCAAACCUCAUCAAAAGGAACUUGCUUCCUAAAUCCCGGAUCUGGAUAACCUCCCGACCAGCAGCAGCCAACCAAAUCCCUUCGCAAUAUGUUGAUCUCUUCACAGAAAUUCGAGGGUUCAGUGACAAACAGAAGGAAGAGUACUUCAGGAAGAAAAUACCGAAUGAAGAUGAGGCCUCAAAAAUCAUCACUCAUAUCAAGAAAUCUCAGAGUCUCUACAUCAUGUGCCACAUUCCCGUCUUCUGUUGGAUUACUGCCACAGUCCUUCAGGAAAUUCUGAUCAAGAAACAGGAGCAGGAUGUUCCCUCCACUCUAACUGAAAUGUACACCCACUUUCUGCUUAUACAGCUGAACAUGAAGAACGAGAAGUACGAUAAGGAGGUGGAGAGAGACUUCACGAAACUCAUGGAAUCAAACAAAGGAAUGCUCUUAAAGCUGGCCAAGUUGGCAUUUGAGCAGCUGAAAAAGGAAAAGAUCAUGUUUUACGAACGUGACCUGAUGGACAGCGGGAUCGACACCCGUGAAGACUCUGAAUACUCUGGGUUGUGUGCCGAGAUCUUCAAACAGGAAUCUAUAAUUCAUGAAAAGAAGGUUUACUGCUUUAUACAUUUGAGCCUUCAAGAGUUCCUUGCCGCUGUCUAUGUGUUCUACUCAUACCUGAACAAGAACAUGGACGAUUUGCAGUUUUUCAUUGAUAUCGAGUUUCCAAAAAAACUUCAGUUGGAUCACUUACUCAAGAAGGCAUUCGACAAAGCCAUUGAUGAUGAGAAAGGGCAUUUAGAUCUGUUUCUCCGUUUCCUGCUGGGCAUGUCUCACGAGUCCAAUCAAGAACGCCUAUCAUGCCUACUGCCGCAUACAGAGAACACCAAGAAAAGCAUCAGCAAAGUAAUCCAGCACAUCAAGCAAUGGCAGAACAAGUCAGAAAAUCAGAAUUUGUCUCCAGAAAAAGCCAUCAACAAUUUAUUCUGCUUGCUUGAACUGAAAGACAGCUCCCUGUACAACCAGAUCAUGAAGUAUCUGAAUACAGAGACGCUUCCAGACAGAAGCCUCUCCUUAUCCAACUGCUCAGCUCUGGCCUACAUUCUUGUGGUUUCUGAGCAGCUGCUGGAUGAAUUAAACCCCAAGAAGUACAACACAUCAAACACAGCUUGCAGACGACUGAUACCGGCAGUCAGAUGCAGCAGAAAAGCCUUGUUGGCUGGCUGUGAGCUCUCUAUGAGUUGCUGUGAAUGUAUUUCUGCAGCACUGCAAUCAGAGAACUCCCCCCUGAGAGAACUGGACCUGAGUGAUAAUUACACUCUCGAAGGAGCAGUAAAGUUGCUUUGCGAUGGACUGAAGAGUUCACACUGUAAACUGCAGAUACUGAAGUUAGCCAGAUGUAACUUCUCCAAAAACAGCUGUGCAGAACUAGUUUCUGCUAUCUACUCAAUUGCGCCAUAUCUGAAAGAGCUGGACCUCAGUAGCAAUGGCCUACAGGAUUCAGGACUGAAUCAACUUCUAACCGGACUGGAGGAUUCAUACUGUAAACUUAAAUCUCUAAAGUUGGCCUGGUGCAACCUCUCACAGAAGAGCUGCAAUUUCCUCUCCUCAUUUCUCAAAGCUUCUUCAGAGUCACAACUAACAGAACUGGAUUUGAGUAACAAUGAUUUACAGAGUUCAGGAAUAGAGCUGCUCUCUGCUGGUUUGGGGAAUCCAAAGUGUAAACUGGAGAUAUUGAGCUUGUCGGGUUGUAUGAUCACAGAGGAAGGUUGUUCCUCUCUGGCCUCAGCUCUACGGUCAAACCCCUCCCAUCUAAAAAAGCUUGAUCUGAGCUAUAAUCACCCUGGAAUGUCAGCAGGAGGGUUGAUCUCUGCUAAAAAUGAAGAUUCACGUCCGUUUCUGCUUAUGAUGGACCCAAAAGGUGAACAGUUUAUUAAAGCAGGAAUGAAGAAGUAUGCUUGUAUGCUCACCCUGGACCCGAAAACAGCCCACAAAAGCCUUAAAUUGUCCGAGGACAACAGGAGGGUGAUGUCCACGGAAGACAUUCAGGACUAUCUAGAUCAUCCGGAGAGAUUUGAAAUGUUUCCACAAGUUAUGUGUAAAGAGGGUCUGUCCGGUCGCUGCUAUUGGGAAGUUAAGUGUGAAAGGAAACCUGAAAUAGGUGUGACCUAUCCUGAGAUUGAACGGAAGGAAGAUGGCAUUUCUGUGUAUGAUGCUCAGGCUCAAAUUGGAAUGAACAGUGUUUCUUGGAGUCUUGGGACGACUCAGAACAGAUAUCAUGUCCGUCACAGUUCAGAGUACACAGACAUUGACACUACAGUACCGAAUGCAGGCAGAGUAGGAGUGUUUUUGGACUUGGACUUUGGGCUUGCUGGUAUUCUGUCUUUCUACAGCAUUGAUUCUGAUAAUCAGACGGUGACCCACCUACACACUUUCCAUACUACCUUUAAGAAGCCACUCUUUCCCUGCUUCUAUGUAGAUGUUGGCUCUGUGACUUUAUGCCAGGUAGAUUAACUAAGGCUGUAAAUUAAGCCGUUCCCAUUACAUGCACCCUAAAUUGUGAUUGGCUGACAGUUAAUUUCUGGGUUAACAAUAAGACCUUUCAAAAGAUUGUGCCAUUAAAUAAUUUUCCUCUUGAACCACAUUGAUUAAUUUUGUCAGGUUCUAAAUGUUGCUAAGUAUUAAUCUGUUGUCUGUAGAAAUUUUGUCCCUUCAAUAAAAGCUUUAAAAAUAA